AUGAAUGAUAUUAAUACAACAAACCAUAAGACCCCUAGCAAAAGAAAAUUUAAAAGACGGAAACAAAAACCUGAAAGCAUUGUUGUAAAUUUGUCAUCUAAAGAACUUACACGUGCUGAGGAAUCUCUUUUAAGUAAAGGUUUAAAUUUCUGUCCCAUCCCAUCAACUGUAAAUAACUUUCAGCUAGACGAAGACCUAGACCAAUUCGCUAGACGUUUACGCUUGAAAGAUUUUUUCUACAAUAGGGGCAAGAAAAACCUUGAAGAAGCCGGAUUAACAGAUUCAGAUACUGACACCAAUGAAGAAGUCACGUCCAUCCCAAAAUUUAGGAAAAAAAGUUCAUGGAAACCACCAAAGAGUAAAAAUGAUAACUUGGAGUCAUUCAUUAACUACGUGAGGUCUGAUAUAAAGUCCUGUAUAACAAAUACAAGAAAUUAUAAUUUAUCCAAGUCAGAAAGUAUAGCUUUGAAAGCAUUAAAAGAUCAAGAGGAUAUUGUAAUAAAACCUGCCGACAAAGGGGGUGCUGUGGUUGUCAUGAAUAAAACAGAUUAUAAAGCAGGGGGGAAUCGCCAACUUUCAAACUCUAAUUUUUAUAAACAAUUAACCACAGAUCCAACGCUUAAUACUAUUCGAAGGAUCAACACCAUCCUACAAGAGAUGUUCGACAACAAGCAUAUAGACAAUGACACCUUUGAUUAUCUCCAACCUCUUGAGAACGAAGCAAAGGCCGGACGAUUCUAUAUGUUGCCUAAAAUACAUAAAACGGGCAAUCCAGGUCGACCAAUUGUAUCAGCGAAUAGUCAUCCAACUGAAAAGAUAUCAGAAUUUGUAGACCAUCAUCUAAGACCUCAUGUGAAAGAACUACCAUCAUUCAUUCAAGACACAACUGAUUAUCUAAAGAAAAUGGAAAGCCUCAAUCCUUUACCAAGCAAUACUAUACUUGCAUCCAUGGACGUGUCUUCUUUAUAUACCAACAUUCCACAAGACGAAGGAAUAGCAGCGUGUGAAGAGGCAUGGAACACUCGUAGUCAAAAAAAUCCUCCUACCGAGUGCCUUGUUACACUUCUCAAACUAGUACUGGAGAAUAACAACUUCUCUUUCAAUGAAAAACACUAUCUCCAGAUAGACGGUACUAGUAUGGGCACAAAAAUGGCACCGUCAUAUGCCAACAUAUUUAUGGGCCAACUUGAAAAACGCCUCUUGGCUAGUGCUCCAUAUCAGCCCUUAUCAUGGUUCCGAUUCAUUGACGAUAUUGAUUUCAGAUGGACAGAUUCACUAGAACAUCUUAAUGAAUUUCUAGAACACUGUAACUCUUUCCACCAUUCAAUAAAAUUUACAUCUGAAUUCUCUAUGGAGAAAAUUAACUUCCUCGAUACUACGAGUUACAUCAAGAACGGAACCAUUAUAACGGACCUUCAUACCAAACAAACGGACAAACAUCAAUUCCUUUCUCCAAAAAGUUGCCAUCCUAAACAUUGUUCCCGUGGUAUCCCAUUCAGCCAGGCAUUACGAAUCAAGAGAAUAUGCUCUAAUGAAAAUACGAAAGAUGCUAGACUUGGACAACUUCGUAAACAUCUAGUUGUUCGAGGAUAA